AAAAGUAAGGCUGUUUGCCAUCGUCUAAUCAAAUCCUCUCUCUCUCUCUGUUGUUUGCUAUCGUCUCUCAUGUUUUGAUGAAUGAUCCUGCUGCUUUCCUCUAUGGGACGCCUUCUUCGCUUCCUUAUCAUUCUCAUCUUCCUUGCACUAUCUUUCCUGUCGGAGGUGCAACCGGCAUCUUUCAAGAUUGUGAAUAAGUGUCGCCACACGAUUUGGCCGGGUCUGCUCUCUGGCGCCACUUCUCCACAGCUUUCCACCACUGGAUUCGCUCUUCCAAGUGGCAAGUCAGAGACUAUAAACAUCCCCAAAUCUUGGUCGGGUCGGAUAUGGGCUCGGACCCUUUGUGGUCGAGAUUCUGACGGAAAGUUCUCCUGCCUCACUGCAGACUGCGGCUCCGGUCAAGUACAGUGUGCCGGUGGAGCUAAGCCGCCCGCCACGCUGGCUGAGUUCACUCUCAACGGCGCCGACGGGUUAGAUUUCUACGACGUGAGCUUGGUCGACGGCUACAACCUGCCGAUGCUGAUCGUCGCGAAAGGAGGAAAACGGGGUGGAUGUAGCGCCACUGGAUGUUUGGUUGACCUGAACGGAGCGUGCCCGGCUGAUCUUAAGGUGGCGAGUGGGAAUGGGACAGGGAAAAGCGUGGCUUGCAGAAGCGCGUGUGAGGCUUUUGGGGAUCCGCAGUAUUGCUGCAGUGAGGCGUACGCUACGCCCGACACGUGUCAUCCAUCAGUGUAUUCGGAAUUCUUCAAGCACGCUUGUCCCCGCGCGUAUAGCUACGCUUACGAUGACAAGACAAGCACGUACACGUGUGCUUCGGCCGACUACUUGAUCAUAUUCUGCCCCUUGCCCUACACCAGCCAAAAGGUGCUGGGAGCACGAAAAGAUGGGGCAACACUUCCUCUUGUAAACAAGACCAUGAUGUACUUGAAGCACUCAGGGGUUUCUUCAUCAACAGAUAAGUUAGGACUGCAAGAAUACCAUAUGGGGGUAUACUGUAAAUACAUUUUUUCCCCUUUGGUAUAAUGUACAUCAAAAUUUUAGUAGCUUAUCUCGGUUGAUUAUUGAAUUUUGAGUUUACCAGAAGAGGCAUUGGCAAGUUGUAAAGUAUUGGUUGGAAAUUUCUGUGCCUGCAAUCAGAUUUUGGGAAGAGGAAGUUACAGUAUUGUUGAUAUAGCAUCCGCAGAAAUGCCCAAGUAAUUACUAGUAUCAUGUCUCUUUUGUUAUUGCUUCUUUUAACUAGAAGAAAAAUGAUUGUCAUUUGUGAAGCAAGACGACGAAGAAGAACAAACAGCAUAGGGGAUUUGUUUUCCGUCAAUCAGCAGUGUUAACCGGGGUAAGAAAACAAUGGAACUUAGUGCAUGCGGGUCGAAGGAAUUUUUCCUA